CCCACCGGAACGUCUAUCUCUUCCAUCUUCCAUCCCUCUCCUCUCACUCUUUUCAAGGCGAGAGCUUUGCAAAGCUCUAGAACAUUUCACCACCGGAACAGUGACAAUCGCUAGUUAUCGCUGUCGUCAUAAACUUCGGCGAAGCCAACUACAACAUGGCGGCUUUCCUGCGCGGCAAGCAGACGGGCAUGCAGAAUGACCUAUCAGCGAGCAUCAGACCUGAACUCUUCAUGCCCGACGAUCAGGCUCGCUAUGGCAUCAACUCUCAAAUUAGCUGCUACGCUUACGACCCAGUCCAAUCCCUCCUAGCUAUCGGAACUGGUGAAAGCAAGUUUGGCCCCGGUAAAGUCUACAUCUUCGGUCAGCGACGUGUACACAAGAUCCUCGAGCCUCCCCGACGCACAUCCUUCCAGAUCGUACAAUUCUCCGCCAACCGCCUCGUUACCGUCGACGCGAAGAACGAGUUGGGAAUAUGGGACCUCGACACCGGCGAGCGCAUCGCCGCUCUGGUCGUCGCUGGCCAGGUCGUUUCUCUGGUGACGGAUCCCAUGCUUGACUGGGCGUUUAUCGGAUUGUACAAUGGAGACAUCAUGGCCUUUGAUCUGGAUAGAGGAAGCCUGGCCCGUUCCUUCAGACUUCCCAAUUUCUGGAAAGAGAAGAACCCUGGUGCGACCACUCCGAACCUCAUAACCAUGUCUCUUCACCCCCGAGAUGUAGGUAAGCUCCUCUUGGGAUACACCCAUGGCGCUGUUGUCUACUCGUUCAAACAAGCCAAACCUGUCAACUACUAUGAGUAUGUUGUUCCAGCAAGCGCUCCGGGAGGCAACGGUGCAGCUGUUGAGACGGUUCGAAAGCCUCGACUUACACAUGCACUCUGGCACCCCUCUGGAACAUUCAUCCUGACAGCUCAUGAUGAUGGAAGCUUGGUGUUCUGGGAUCCAAAAGCCGAGAAGAUUGUGAUGGCGAGAACCCUGACCGACUUCAACGUCGACCAACCCUCGCCUGAGACUCCUACACCUGCUUUACCUGAGCCCAUCACUAAGAUCGCUUGGUGUUGCAAAGAGAAUUGCGACGAUAGUGGCCUUCUGAUUGCAGGCGGACAACGCCCUGACGCAUCGCCCAAGGGCUUGACAUUCAUUGACCUGGGCCAGACGCCGGUUUACGCGACCUCGACCUGGCAAAUAUUGGCUAAUUACUGCAGGGGGAAACGCCAGAAUGUCCUUCCUCUUCCUUCUGGUGCGCAAGCGAUUAACUUCCUCCUCAUUCCGCGAUUUUCUCCUCACUUUGCUGGCGCUCAAGACCCGAUCGCCGUCAUGGUUCUCCUCUCGUCUGGUGAACUUAUCACGCUGAGUUUCCCCUCUGGCUAUCCGAUCAGUCCUACCAACCAGCUCCAUCCCUCCGUUUCUUUUGUUCAUCCAUUUGUGACAAAAGUCAAUGUGUCACCUCUCGAACGUCCCCGGUGGCUCUCCAUGUUCGAGAAGCGCAACCAAGGCGAGCCGCUGCUUAAAGGAGGAGCCGAGGCGUCGCGACCUCGGAAGAGAUUUGAAGAGAGAACCAUAAUCCAAGCCGCUCAUGCCGAUAGUACAAUCAGGAUCUGGGACUCGGGCCAUGCUGAUGAAAUUGAAAAUGGAACCCAGCUUCAAGUCGAUGUUGCUCGAGCACUGGACCGAUACGAUGAUGUAGACAUUACCUGUAUGAAUAUGGCGACUAGCACCGGAGAAUUCGUGGUAGGAACACGCACGGGAGAGGCCAUCAUUUAUCGAUGGGGUCAGAAUCGCUUUUUCGGCAAAGAUAAAGCUCUCCAGCUUGACCCCAAUCCCAAAGGCCUCACGGACAUUAGCUCGAGAGCAGAACCGGGUCUGAAAGAGGGCCUGCAGCCUCUCGUUCUCUACGAGAUGAUGAUGGGCCCUAUCACAGCUAUACAGGUGUCCAAUGUUGGAUUCGUAGCCGUAGGCUCAGAACUGGGGUUCCUUACACUGAUUGAUCUUCGCGGACCUACUAUCUUCUUCCAGGCACCCAUGACGGAUUUCGCUAAGCCAGAUAAGCGAUCUUCAUUCCUGAAGAGUCACAGUUCUUCGCCGGGCCCCCAGAAAGAGUGGCCUGUUGUAAUUGAGUUUGGUGUCAUGACCUUGGACGAGGACAAGUACUCGAGCAUUUGCUGUUUUGUGGGAACAAACCUAGGCAAAGUCAUCACCUUUAAACUUCUGCCUGGCCAAGACGGCACAUACUCUGCGUCGCUCGCAGGCGUUGUAUCGUUCGAUGGGAAGAUCAUUUCACUGAACCCCAUCGAAGCUGAUACGGGUAAGCCUGCCCAUGCUACUGGACCGAUCGUGGCAGGCCUCAGAGAAGGACGUCAGGUCAAUGGCGUACUUGUUGCUAUCACGCAAACAGAAAUCCGAAUCUUCAAACCGGCCAACUCUAAAGGCGCGUCAAAAGAGUUUGAUAGCAUCCUCUGUGAUUCUGCAUGUGUAGCAGAGCUCGAGUUACAGGGAUUUGCCGUUGUUGGUGUGUUUGGUGACCGAACUGCUCGUGCAUUCUCAAUUCCUGGUCUCAGAGACAUCGGAAAGGCCGAUCUUCCCAUGAUAGAUGUGACGAGGAGUACAAACUCAGUUGUUACUCAGACUGGUGACAUCUUUGCUUGGACAGGUCCAAGUGAGCUUGCUGUGAUCCACGUCUGGGGAACGGGCAAAGGACCUCAACAAUCUCCGGACACGCUGAUAAACCCUAAGCUUGAGUGCCCACCUCGGCCGACUAUUUCAAACAUGCAGUGGAUCUCGGGCAGCCAAUACAUCUCUCCUACCGAUCUUGAUCUGCUGGUUGGAGGCCCAGAUAGGCCUCCCAGCAAGCGAAUGAUGGACGCAGCAGCAGCAGAGCAACGGGCUGCUCGGGCUGGAGAGCCAGCCGCCGCAUCGGGAUCGGGCAGCCAGGAAGGUUGGGGAGACUACCUUACGAGACAAUUGAACGAAAGAACCGAGAAGUUGAACAUGAUGGGUGACAAUAUGGAGAACCUGCAGAACAACAGCGCUGGAUGGGCAGAUGAUGUAAACAAGUUCCUCAAUAAGCAAAAGAGGAACGUCGUGAUGGGUGGCCUUAAGAGCAAGUUCUUUUAAUGUGGAAUCAAAGAUAUCCGAGAGUUAUGAUGGCGGACAGGCAACCAGGUUAGUUACUUUAACAAUGAGGUACCAAGGCAGAGUCCUGGUCAAUUUACGAGUGCAAAUGGGCAUUUGCUCCAAUAUGUCGACGGAGAGUCACGCUUUAAGCCACG